AUGAAGUCCACCGGUGGAAGAAUUUUUUUAAUUAUAUUAGCCCACGUUUUAUAUACAUUAGCUGCUAAUGUUGAUUCUGUUAAACAAGAAGGAAAGAAAUCCAAGGGCGUAAAUACAUUUGUAAGCGCCAAAUGGGAAGCAACACCUAUUGUAUUGGAAUUGGCAGAGUAUUUAUCUGCAGAAAGUACAGAUUUAUUUUGGUCAUUUUUUGAUGGUAUUAAUUCUCUGAAAUCAAGUUUAGAUAGCUUAGCAACAGAAAAACAUGUUUACGAUGCUUGUAUUGGUGUUGCUAGCACAUUACUAGCUCCUGCUCAAUUACGUAUGGCAAAACUAGCACUGUCUAUGCACUUAACAUCACCUACAGUGCGAAUGUUCGACCAGAUUGCCUUACAGAAUGGAGCAAAAGAUGUGUCUUGUGAUACAUUUGUGUCCAUUGCUUCUAGAAAAAUUUGCGAAAAUGAUGCAUUAAGAGAUGUACUUAAGUCUUUAAAUGACUAUAAUCCAGAUGAACAUCAUUUGGAAACAUAUUUACUGGAUCACUCAUAUCCAAGUAGUGAUAAUAAAAGUCUCACAGCCAUUUUAUAUGGAGAACUUGGCAUGUCAGAUUUUGCAGCUAAACAUAAAAUUUUAUCAGGUUAUGCUGAUAAGGGCUUAUUAAAUUAUGUUGUGAGAUGGAAUGUUAAGGCAAGAGGCAAACCAAAAUUAAGACUGUCAGGCUAUGGAGUUGAAUUACAAUUGAAGAGUACAGAAUAUAAAAGUCAAGAUGAUACAACACCAAAAGAGUCAGAGGAUGGUGACACUUCAGCACCAUCUGAGGAAGAAGAUGAAAAUGAUCCACAGAAUCAAAUUGAUGGUUUUAAUUUUGGAAGGCUUAAGAAUUUGUUUCCUGCACUGCGAACUCCUCUGGAACGUUUUCGUAGACAUUUAUCAGAAACAAGUGAAGAAUUAGCUCCACUCAAAGUUUGGCAAAUGCAGGCACUGAGUAUGCAAGCAGCAGCAGCGGUGGUGGACGCCCACGACGCGGGCGGCGAUGAAGCGCUCAAAGUACUCACAUCUAUAGCUCAGAACUUUCCAAUGCAGACCAAGUCACUGAUCCACGUGAAUGUGCCUCGAGCGUUCCGCGACGAAGUGCUAUACAACCAGGACAUUUGGGCGUCGUCGCUGGGACUGCGGCCGGCCGAGCCCUUGCUGCUGGUGUCGGGCGCGCAGUACGACGCGGACGAGGUGGACGUCCUGGCGCUGCUGACUGCGCUUAGGGAGGAUAUCGGACCUAUGAAUACUUUACAUGCUUUGGGUCUCUCUAAGAAGUUCAUCAACAAGUUAAUGUCGCUAGAAGUAGGCGAGACAUACACAUGGGAGGAGUAUGGUCUAGAUAUCCGCGACACCUCAAUCACGUGGCUCAACGACCUGGAGAGCGACGAGCGUUACCGUCGCUGGCCCUCGUCUUUCAUGGAUAUGUUACGUCCUACUUACCCCGGCAUGCUGAGGAAUUUGAGAAGGAAUAUUUAUAAUUAUGUAAUCAUAGUGGAUCCCACAUCCCCUGCGUCCGCGCCGGCGCUGAAGCUGGGCGAGACGCUGCUGAAGCACGCGACGCCGGUGCGCGUGGGGCUGGUGCUGGCGCCGGGCGCCGCGCCCGCCGCCGCCGCCGUGCGCGCCGCCUUCAACUACGUAGCGCAGGAUAGGAACUCGAACAAGGAAGCUUUCUAUUUUCUUACUCAGCUUAUUCAUUCAGCACAGGAGGAAGGUAUUACACUCGAGCACAUAAAGAAGAACUUACAGAAAUAUACAAGCUCUAGCAAUAAUUUAGAUGACAUCAUAUCAGAGGAUUCCGAGUACAACUUUGGUAAUCAACUCGCAGAAGAAUUCGUUUCUAAGCUGGGAACUAAUAAAUAUCCUCAGGUGUUAAUAAACGGUGUCCCGCUGUGGGACGAGAGCCCGACACCGGUGACGUCGUCGGUGGAGCUGCUGGAGGAGGCGCUGGUGACGGCGCUGUCGCGGCACACCGCGCGGCUGCAGCGCGCCGUGUUCCGCGGCGACCUCUCGGACAGUGACGACGCGGUUGACUAUAUUAUGAAGCAACCACAUAUUAUGCCCAGGUUAAAUCGGCGAGUGCUGUCUUCGGAACCGUCACAAUAUUUGGAUCUGUCAGGUGUUCCAUCUUCAACAGAACUGUUCACUGAAGAAAGAGUGCAUCGCUUACUACACUUAACAGGUCGCGAUGCAUUGGCUACAGCAUUGCCCAUAUUUAAAUAUUUCUUAAAAGGAGGAAAGCAAGAAAAGAUAACUCAGACUAUCUGGGUGGUAGGUGACCUCAAUGAAAAGGAAUCAAGAGAACUAUUGAAAAAUGCUCUUACAUUCAUGAAGGAGACAGGCGGCGUGCGUGUAGCGUUCAUCCCGAACGUGGAGGGCGCGGGCGCGGCGCAGUCGCUCAACAAAGUGGUGGUGGCGGCGCUGGCGGCGCUGGACGCCGCGCCCGCCGCGCAGUACGUGCUGCGCCUGCUGCGCGACGACGGCUGUCACGAGAGGCAGGAUUGCGAGAUAUUGCCCGAGCUAGUGCCAGCACUGAACAAGCACGAGUGGGUGCUGAAGGCGACGCGCGUGCUGUGCGCGCGCAGCAUGCGCCUGCGCGCCUCCGAACGCGCCGUCGUGCACAACGCGCGCCUCAUCGGCCCCUUCCACCAGGGGGAGGGCUUCUCACUCGAAGACUUUGUACUUCUUGAGAGAUACAGCAAUCAAAUGUACGGAGAUAAACUUUCAGAAUUGCUCCGUAAGAAAAAGACUGUUACUAACGAUAUUUUAGAUGAUGACGAAGAGGAAGCAGAGCUAUCAACAGAGAGGUACCUGAAGGUGAUCUCAGUGCUGGCGGCGCGCAGCCCGCGCGUGCGCACGCCGCUGCCCGCCGGCCUGCGCGCCGAGCACUCCGUGGUCGAGCUGGCGCCGCUCUACAAGGACGAGGCGGCUGUUGAAAUAAUAGCGGUAGUGGACCCGGCGUCGACGGCGGCGCAGCGCCUGGCGCCGGUGCUGCUGGUGCUGCGACGCGUCGUCAACUGCCGGCUGCGGCUCUUCCUCAACCCGCAAGACAAGAACUCCGACAUGCCACUUAAGAGCUUCUACCGCUACGUGCUGGAGCCGGAGCUGCAGUUCACGGCGUCGGGCGCGCAGGGCGCGGGCGCGGCGGCGCGCUUCUCGCGGCUGCCGCACGCGCCGCUGCUGUCGCUGGAGCUGCGCACGCCCGCCAACUGGCUCGUCGAGUGCGUCAAGUCCGUGUACGACCUCGACAACAUACGCUUGGCUGACGUCGACUCCGUAGUGCAUAGUGAGUUUGAAUUGGAGUACCUCCUCCUGGAAGGCCACGCGUGGGACACGUCGCUAGGCACGCCCCCGCGCGGCCUGCAGCUGGUGCUGGGCACGCGCGGCCGCCCCGAGACCAUGGACACCAUCGUGAUGGCCAACCUGGGAUACUUCCAGCUCAAGGCGAAUCCCGGAGCGUGGAUAUUGCGCCUAAGACCUGGCCGAUCCGACGAGAUUUAUGAGAUUGUUGGCCACGAAAAUACAGACACGCCAGCGGGAUCUCAAGAUAUCCAAGUCCUGAUGAGCUCGUUCCGAAGUCACGUGAUCAAGCUGCGAGUUAGCAAGAAGCCGGACAAACAGCACUUGGACCUGCUUGUGGAGAACGACGAAAAGAAUUCCGGCGGGAUUUGGAACUCUAUUGCUAGUUCCUUCGGCGGCGGCGAGGAACAAGAGGCGCAAGACGAGACGAUCAACGUGUUCUCGGUGGCGUCCGGACAUCUGUACGAGAGGUUCUUGCGCAUUAUGAUGCUGUCAGUACUUAAACACACUAAAUCUCCUGUCAAGUUCUGGUUCUUGAAGAAUUACUUGAGUCCUUCUUUGAAGGACAUCCUCCCGUACAUGGCGCAAGAGUACGGGUUCUCGUACGAGCUGGUGCAGUACCAGUGGCCGCGCUGGCUGCAGCGCCAGCGCGACCGCCAGCGCACCAUCUGGGGCUACAAGAUACUGUUUCUCGACGUGCUGUUCCCUCUGCACGUCAAGAAGAUCAUAUUUGUUGAUGCAGAUCAGAUUGUGCGCGCGGACUUAAAGGAAUUAGUUGAAUUGGAUCUCGGAGGAGCUCCCUAUGGAUACACGCCAUUCUGUGACAGCAGAAAGGAAAUGGAAGGAUUUAGGUUCUGGAAGCAAGGCUACUGGCGCAACCACCUGCAGGGGCGCAGCUACCACAUCAGCGCGCUGUACGUGGUCGACCUCAAGCGCUUCCGCCGCAUCGCCGCCGGCGACCGCCUGCGCGGGCAGUACCAGGCGCUCAGCCAGGACCCCAACAGCCUGUCUAACUUGGAUCAAGACUUGCCGAACAAUAUGAUUCACCAGGUUGCUAUUAAGUCACUUCCACAAGAGUGGCUGUGGUGUGAGACUUGGUGCGACGACAACUCUAAGCAGUAUGCAAAGACUAUAGAUUUGUGCAACAACCCGAUGACGAAAGAGGCGAAGCUGUCAGCGGCGAUGCGCAUCGUGCCCGAGUGGCGCCACUACGACGAGGAGGUGCGCGCGCUGCAGGCGCGCGUGCGCCGCGGCCUCUACCAGCACGCGGACGGCGACCAGGAAAUCGAUAGUGAACAUAAUGAAGAAGUCGUGAGAACAAAAAGUGCCACAGAUGAGGAGCACACGCAUACAGAGUUA